AUGGAUGGCAAAAAGGUCACAAUUACUUAUACGGAUGAAUAUGACAUUUGGAAAAACGUUGCCAAUGAAUUUCGAACUCACCUUCCACUUCGUAACUUAAAUUGGAAGUCGGCAAAAGGUGCAACACGCAAUAUCCAGACUCUUAACAUCGAAUUAAAACGUUUUACUCCUGAAACUACAGAAAAACAACACAUGAUGCCCGAGACAUUGCUUGAGAAACCAUAUCUUAAUUUAUAUUUUGUUAACUGUGAUGAUAAUGAAACCUAUAGACAAUCUGUCAGGACUAAAAUUAGAGAUUGGUUAAAUCUUGUUACAUCAAAAAGAAAUCAAGAAUGGUUGAUAGUUUAUGUUACUAAUAAUGAAACAAUCAAAAAUGCUGCCAGAUAUUUUAGAAUGCAAGGAACUGUAUUUGACAAGAUUAAGGCUGACUUUAAUGCUUCUAAACGUGAGAGAUGUGUUCAACUUCGAUUAUCUGGAAAUGACAAUGAUGAUUAUGAAUCUUGGCAUGAUAUAAUUUCAAAAAUAAAAGAAGGCAUACUAAGUAGUUUUGAUCAACAUGUAGUUCAAUAUGAAGAAGAUAUACGCCGGUUUGACUCUCAAAGAAGUAUGAUUGGCUGGAAUUAUUGUAGAUUUUUUAUUUUAAAGGAAGGAUUGGCAUUGACAUUUGAAAUAAUGAAUUUGUGUGAAGAAGCUUUAGUACAAUAUGAUGAGUUAGAAGCUUCCUUUUUUCAAGUUCUAAAAGAUAGGGCACUUGCAUGGUUUGGUAGUUUUGGUGCAACAGAACCUGAAGAUGAUAGUGCCAAUAUUUUAGAUGUUAAAAAAAAACAAUAUCGUGAUCUUAUUAUGCAAAAUACGAUUCCUGAAUUUGAUUUUAGAUGUUAUCUUUUUGCUAGACAAUGUCAAUUGCUAGGCAGACUACAAAGACCAGUUGAUAUAUGUAGAAGGGCCCAAUUAUUUAUUUCUACUUUUGCAAGAGCAAUAAGAGAACAUCAAGCUAAUAUUGGCGAACAAUUUUUGGAAUCGUGGAUUUUUUCUUCUUGUAUGAGUGUUGUCAAUGAGUGGCUUCGUCAUGGACAUUUGCCUUCUAUUGUUCCAUUUACAACUUCUUUAGGAGAUGUUACUCCUCCCGCCUCUCCUGAUUCGGAAAACGAGAAAAAAAUAUUCACUAUUACAAAUUAUGAAUUACAAAAGGCUAUUGCUUCAAUUAGUGAUUUUGAUUUAUUAUAUUUGUCUUUGACAAAUAGAGCAUUAAAAGCAUACGAGGGAAGUACAAGGCUUCGUAGUUCAUUACGUUUACAAGCAGAUGUUGCAGCAUUACAAUUUCAUCGAAAAAAUUACGAUAGUGCUGUAAAACUGAUGGAGGAUCUUCCUUGGAGAUAUAAUGAACAAGGUUGGACUCUUGUUGAAAAUACACUUUUGAAUCAUACGCUACUAACACAAGAUGAAGCAAAUUUUUAUGCAAAUGAAGUGAAACAAUUUUCUAAUUCAAUUGAAGAAGGCAAAGAAAUUACACGAGCAUUUAAAACAAUGUUUACUGUAUCUGUUACAACAAUAGUUGAUGAUAUAACAGAUGAGGAUUCUCCUUAUUUAUUUGUUGAAUUAACAAAUCAUUUACAAACACCAUUUACAUUUGAUAAAUUGGCAGUUAGAUUAGUGAGUGGACAAAGUGAAGAAAUUUGGUUUGUAGUUUUGGAUCAAGAUUUAAGUCCGGGACAAAAUAAAUAUAAAUUAUAUUCUGAUAAUAGUGCAUCAGGAAGCUAUUUUAUUGAAAAUGUUUUUCAUAUUGGAGAACAGCAAUGUUUUGCUGUAAAAAUUUAUACUGGACUGACCAGUGUAACUGAAGGAAAUUUAACAUUAGAACCUGUUUCUGAAGGUUUAUCAUUUCCAACUCAUGAAAAAUAUCAUGCAUUAAUUAAAUCUGUAAAAAAUGAUGAUGAAAUAUUAAAUGAAACAUUGGAAGAAGUAGAUUUGAUUGUUACUGAAAAAGGUGAAAUCAUAUUACCAUCAUCACCACCAAAUCAAUUAAUAGAAUUUAGAGUACCAUAUGAUUGUAGUUGGGGAGCUGCUAUAGAACAUAAAGUUAAAAUCUCUAUAGAGUAUGAAAGUAGAGGGAAACCAAGAGCAUUUACAUCUGUAGAUACUGUUAAAGUUUGGUUGCCAUUAUCAGUAACUGAAUUAAAUAUAUUUAGAGAUGAUUGUCUAUUUUUAAAGAUGGAUAUUACAUUAAAUGGUACAUUACCUAUUAGAAUUCUUGAUACAAAAUUAGUAUCUUCCAAAGUUUAUGAUGUAAUAGAUGAUCCAGCUUUGGAAUCUUCUUCUAUGUUUGAUCAUAAAGAACAUACAAAAACCGCAAGUACACAAGUUCAUUUUGUUGUCACUUAUAAAUCACUUCAAGAUGAGAUUGAGAAAUAUGCUGAAUAUAUUUUAAAUAAAAUUUUAAAAUCUAAGGAUUUAUUACAACAUUCUCGAUUUGUUAUUGAUAAUGCUAAAAAUUUAUUAUUAAAAUAUAUUGAUUUUGUUUCAUAUGGAAUGACAGAUUCUUUAGAUUUGGUUGAUUUGGAUAUUGAAUUAUGUGAAAAAAUAUUUAGUAACCAUGGAAAUAAUAAAGAGGAUUUAAUUGACGUUAUUAAAGAAUUUUGGAUGACUUGCAAUCAAACAAAUUAUGAAGAAGUUUUUGAAAUAACAAAAGAUUUAAAAUCUUCAAUAUCAUUUCCAGUCAAUGUACCAUCAUCAAAGGUCCUCAAUACAGUUGAAUUAAUUAUAUCCAAAUCACAUGAUUUGCUAGUUGGUGAACCAUGUCAUUGUCGAUUGAUAGUUAAACAUUCAUCAUAUUGGAAUUAUGCUUCAUCAACUGACCAUAAAGACAGUCUUGAAUUUUUUUAUGAUGUUAAUAUUGAUUUUGAUAAUUGGUUACUUGCUGAAACAAAAGAGUUUCCAAUCACACUGGUACCUUUGAAAACAGGAAAUCUUCUUGUUCCUCUUAUUAGAAUAGCAAGUCUUUCAUCUAAUAUUUUUUCUGAAACAGUUUAUCUUAAUAAUGCUGAACAAGUACUUGUUCGACCCAGAACACAAUCUGCAACAUUUUUUAUUGAACAACAACACCGUAUUCAUUCUAUUCAUUCAACAGGAGGAUUUAGUGGUCCAGGUCAUCAUCAUAAUGAAGGAUUGGUAGAUGUUGAAAUUGAUUAA